AUGGGCAUACAAGGCCUGCAAAGCUUCCUAGAAUCAUACGGUCAAGAGCUGCUUCUGCCAAAAGAUGAUACACAAGCCUGGCUGGUGAUUGACGGCAAUGCCCUCGCACACCAUCUCUACAAGGAAGCCAAUAUCCUCGAGGGCCACUACAGAAGCUAUGCAAAAGCUAUUCUUGCAUUCAUGGACAAGAUCAAAUUAGCUGGUGUUGAAGUGCUGCAAAUAUGCUUUGACGGAAACCUACCACCCCACAAGACUCCCAUUCGUCAAGAACGUGUCAGACGAAGCAUGAAGCUCACUGCUCGUAACGUCGGUGCUCUUGACGCUUGGGUCCCGGUUCCUGGCUUUGUGUCUUUCAUCUGCCAACAAGUCCUGUCGGAUGCCGGGUAUCCCGUUACAACUUCCCCCGAAGAGGCAGAUCUGACCUGUGCGCGCACUGCAGGUGCGUUCGCAAGGCGCGCAGGGCCAUCAAAACAAGUUUUCAUCCUCUCACAAGAUUCUGACAUGCACUUAUUUGAUCUUGGUCCUGCAGCCGCGUACAUGCCACUGAGCACGGUGACCUUUGCAGACGACAAGAUAUCUGGACAUGCCUUCUUUUAUGCACAGACGAGUGCGUCUCUGGGUGUAGACUUACUGCAACUCGGAACGAUGAUGGGAACAGAAGGUUCUGCCAGCAAGCACGCUUCAGCUCGUCUAUGUAUCAGUAAAUUACAAGCUGGUCACCUUCGUCAGCAUGUCAUACAAGAAGAGAUCCUUCGUUCAGCAGCAUUAUUCGAUUGGAUCGCUUCUCCAGUGUCAUCGACCCUCGAUGUCUAUGCCCAGAAGAAUAAAUCAAGUGGCAUACUUAUGGAACUGCUGAGUACAGGCAAUCUCUACCUUCCCCUUCUCCUGGAAAACGUCAAGCGCGAGUCCAUCUGGCGGUGUUCACGGGAGAUUCGAGCACAGGCCUAUCAUCACAUCCAAGACUUACUGCCUCCCCGGGUGCAUCAGAACGAACGAGGUGUGACUGAAUGGUUGAGAGUAGGCAGUGAUCUUGUCAGCGAGUUCGUGGCCGCAACAGCAACCCCGACCAUCGAUAUACCUGAAGCGGGCCUGUCCGAUGAAGCGAUCUACUUGAAGUAG